AUGAUCUUCAUUCAGAAUGCGAGGUCCACGAAAAGUGGAGGAGGUUUUGGCAUUCAAAAGGGAUUGAAGGUGUCCACUGGCUCAAGACUCAUCAUUCGGAAUGCGACAGCUGGAAAUUCAGGCGGAGGAUUCUAUGCCAAUGGCAAGACUACCAUCACCAGGUCCACCGUCAGCAUUCAAAAUGCCACGGCCCAGCAGCACGGUGGAGGGUUUUGUGCUGAAGGAGCCGCAGUUAUCCAGGAUUCUACCGUGGCCAUGUUCAGCACGGAUGCCGGGGCAGAUGGUGGUGCUUUUUCCGUGUUUGGUUUGACUUUGCACAGAAGUCAAAUGUCGGUCAGCCACUCCACAGCGCUCGGAUCGGGUUUCGGAGGUCGUGUAGAUGGUCAAGUGCUUCUUUCAGCACAGUCUACGUUGGUGGUGAAGGAUUCCCAAGGUCUCGACAAUUCCGGCGUGCUGGCAGCAGGUUGCCUCCACCUACGUGAUCGGUCACGCAUUCUCUUUGAAGAUGCCCGUGGUGGCCAUGGGGUGCAGCUGCAAAAUAGUGGAUGCUCUGACGUUUGCUCAAACAGCACGUUCUAUGUCGAAGCGGAUGCAGCCCUCAACGCCAGUGGUCGCUUGAGCUCCGGUUUUCUCUCCCUUGCAUCCUGCCCGAAGGAGAAGGUACAUCUCUCAGGCAUCCACCUGCACUCCUGGUCCAGCGCGUUGCUCAGCACCCGGCCCAGUUCCGUGAUAAUCGGCCAAGUGACUAUCGACUAUGAACCACCUAUCGACAAUUUGCAGGUCCUGGCUGCCAAGGAUGGCUUUGACAUCGACUCUUUGACGGUUUCCUGCCGGAACUGCCCAUGGGGUGUGACUUUCAAUGCUACGAAGGAUAGAAGUCUGAAAGCCGUGAGCUCUGAAUAUCUCGAAUGCUCCAAGACCGUCACAGCGUCCAAAGGCCUGACGCAACGUUGCAAUUGUUCCAACUACCAGAUUGCAACCGAGCACUUCCGUGGUGUAGAUCUGGUGCCCUUGGAAAGCAGUUUGCAGACGUGCAUGUUCUGCAAACCUCACUUCCAUUUUCAGAAUGACGAUUGCCGGAAGUGUGGAAUCCUCAAUGCUUGGUCUGAUGGAAAGAAGGAUGUUUGUCACGUUCUGCCACGCCAGAACUCAGCAGAGUUGUUCGCACUCUUGACAGGUGCAGCUGUCGUGGUCAUUUUAACCUUCCUUGCUUUUGAGAUUUUGCAUGCUCCUUUGAUGAUCGUGGAUGCGAAAUCAUAUUUGGACCCAAGGCAAGCUGAAAGCAAAACCAUUUUCACGUUUUCCGUGCAGGGGCCGAUUGUUGAUCUUCCCAAAAGCCUGGCUCGAUUGGUGAACCGAAUGGUGCGUUUUCGGGCAAAGGGAACGGGAUUGAUAUGGCUAGACUACGACCAGAAGAAGUCCAACGCAAUCAAAGUUCGCAGUAUUGCACGCAGAAAGCUUUUGCUGCAAGACACGAGUCCCCCAUUUUUUUGCGCUUCGUGCAAGGGUUCUUUGCACGCCGCUGAUUUUGCUUACCUGCUUAUCUUGCUCACUGCAUGCAUAUUUGUUGGUGCAAUGCUGCCUGUCAUCAUCAAGGUAGCAGUCAUAUCCGGAAACGGUGUGGGACAUGUCUUCGUUACUACAAUUUAUGUGACCCUUCCUCUGGUUGCUGUUGCUGCGCUGCUGCACUUCCCGAUCGCGUGGCUGAUCCAACGGUUUUAUCGUAGAACGUCAUUUUCGGAGGCUUUGGAUGAGUACCGGAAGCAGAUCAAGUGCAAGCCAUUUCCAGGGCCUGAUGGAACCCAUCCUCGCAACCAGGGCUUGCAGGUUCUGACUUUGCGCGGCUUGUGGAUGCACUUUGAGAGCUUUAUUCUCGAGCGCAAUAUGCACUUUGUGGUUGCCAACAUAGUCAGGCCCCUAACUCAAAGCAAAGGAGUUUCCUUUGUAAGUCUUUGGGGUGGCAGGCAGGUGGAUUACUUUGUGUCCCAUUCCUGGGGCACGAGCUUUCCGCACUUCGUGUGUUCCAUCCAAUGCCAUGCGUUGUCCAAAGAGGGCCCCACUUCUUGGAUUGAUGCAGCAUAUUGGAUAUGUUCGUUUGCGAACAACCAGUGGAGAAUUGAAGCCGAACUGGGAAAUGAUCCCAUGGAGAGCGCCUUUGCACUCGCCUUGACAGCGGGAAUCAAAGGAGUCGCGAUGGUCAUGGACCCGGAAGCGCAGCCCCUCACAAGAGUUUGGUGUUUGUUCGAAUUUUUCCUGUCCAGCCGUCAGCACUUGGACCUGGUCUUCGUCACCAAUGCUGGUGUGGUGGGUGAUGAUGGUUGCAGCUCCUUUGACGUUGCGUUGGAGAUGGGCAAGAAGAUAGAAUCGUUGCAGGUUGAAACGUGCGAGGCAUCUUCGGAGGAAGAUAAGAAUGACAUUUUCCAGUACAUCAUCUCCGAGUUGGGAAGCCUUGAGCGAAUGGACGAGCAAAUCCGAGCGCUCAUGGCUGAGAUGUUGAUGCAAAAUUUAGCCAACAUGGAAAAGGCAACUGGAAGUCUUGUAGACCGUCUCGGCCAGGGCAGCGCAACAGUCGCAACCCUGAAUGAGAAGCGUUUAAAACCACAUGAUGAUCCACCUCGAUUGUGCGCAUUGGCUCGCCAUCAGGCGCCAUGCGCCCAAGCUGCGGCCGCUGCGUUGGACCAAAGAGUGACCAAAGACGCCACCCCCAGAGGUAGCCACCCUGUGUCCCAACCAGUAGCUGAAACGGGUGCCAGACAUCUGCAGGACUGUGAAGUGAUUGGCUGGGCGGAACUUUGUGAACGAAAGAAGUUGACGGCCGGGUCGUGCUUUCAACUCCAGCCCACCGCCGAAGCGCCACUCUGCGAGCUGCAAGGGCCGCACGGGGCGCCGGCGCAGCUGCGCCCAGCGACUGCUGGGAUUCUGACCUUGACAUCCGGGGAGCUACGCAUCACCGGGAAUGUGCGCCAAGACUCUGAAGUCGUGAUCGAGAACGUUUCAGCCAAGUCUGGUGCUGGCUUCCUUGCCACGGGAAAUGUCUACAUUUCGGACGACUCAAUGAUCUUUAUUCAGAAUUCCAGAUCCACCAAAAACGGAGGUGGCUUCUCAACCAGACGCCUGCGAGUGUCCAACAGCUCAGUUGUCAGCCUUCAGAAUGUGAGUGCUGGAAAGCAUGGAGGAGGUUUCAAUGCCCUUGGAGAGGUUGAAAUAGCUUGGAAUUCGACAGUCAAGAUUUCCAACAGUCGAGCUGAAUCAGGAGAUGGAGGAGGUUUUGACACUGAAAAGGGCUUGAAGGUGUCCACUGGCUCAAGACUCAUCAUUCGGAAUGCGACUGCUGGAGGGAGUGGAGGAGGAUUCUUGGCCAAGGGGAAAACCUUGAUCAGCAGGUCCACCAUCAGCAUUCAAAAUGCCACGGCCCAGGAGAUUGGUGGAGGGUUUUGUGCAUCUGAUGAAGUUGUCAUCAAUGAGAUGUCAAGCGUCAGCAUUUCCAGUUCAAGAUCGGGAGUGCAGGGCGGAGGCUUCCAUACGGACGAGCGCUUGCAGGUGACCAACAGCUCAGCUGUCAGCCUUCAGAACGUGAUUGCGCAGGAGUAUGGAGGAGGUUUCAAUGCCCUUGGAGAGGUUGAGAUAGCUGGGAAUUCGACAGUCAAGAUUUCCAACAGUCGAGCUGAAGCAAAAAAUGGAGGAGGUUUUGACACUGAAAAGGGCUUGAAGGUGUCCACCGGCUCAAGACUCAUCAUUCGGAAUGCGGCUGCUGGAAAUCAUGGAGGAGGAUUCUUUGCCAAGGGCAAGACCUUGAUCAGCAGGUCCACCAUCAGCAUUCAAAAUGCCACGGCCCAGGAGAUUGGUGGAGGGUUUUGUGCAUCUGAUGAAGUUGUCAUCAAUGAGAUGUCAAGCGUCAGCAUUUCCACUUCAAGAUCGAGAUUUGGCGGAGGCUUCCAUGCGGACGAGCGCUUGCAGGUGACCAACCGCUCAGCUGUCAGCCUUCAGAACGUGACUGCACAGAAGUAUGGAGGAGGUUUCAAUGCCAUUGGAGAUGUUGAGAUAGCUGGGCAUUCGACGGUCAAGAUUUCCAACAGUCGAGCUGAAGCCCAAAAUGGAGGAGGUUUUGACACUGAAAAGGGCUUGAAGGUGUCCAACGGCUCAAGACUCAUCAUUCGGAAUGCGGCUGCUGGAAAUCAUGGAGGAGGAUUCUUUGCCAAGGGCAAGACCUUGAUCAGCAGGUCCACCGUCAACAUUCAAAAUGCCACGGCCCGGCAGCUUGGUGGAGGGUUCAGUGCUGAAAGAGUUGCAGUUAUCCAGGAUUCUACCGUGGCCAUGUUCAGCACGGAUGCCGGGGCAGAUGGUGGUGCUUUUGCUGUGCUUGCUCUGAGUUUGCACAGAAGUUCGAUGUCCAUCAGCAACUCCACUGCACUGGGAUCAGGCUCCGGAGGUCUUGCAGAUGGUCAAGUGCUUCUUUUAUCUGAAUCCAACUUGGUGGUGAAGGAUGCCCAAGGUCUCGACAAUUCCGGCGUGCUGGCAGCAGGUUGCCUCCACCUACGUGAUCGGUCACGCAUUCUCUUUGAAGAUGCCCGUGGUGGCCAUGGGGUGCAGCUGCAAAAUAGUGGAUGCUCUGACGUUUGCUCAAACAGCACCUUCUAUGUCGAAGCGGAUGCAGCCCUCAACGCCAGUGGUCGCUUGAGCUCCGGUUUUCUCUCCCUUGCAUCCUGCCCGAAGGAGAAGGUACAUCUCUCAGGCAUCCACCUGCACUCCUGGUCCAGCGCGUUGCUCAGCACCCGGCCCAGUUCCGUGAUAAUCGGCCAAGUGACUAUCGACUAUGAACCACCUAUCGACAAUUUGCAGGUCCUGGCUGCCAAGGACGGGCUCAAGGCGUCAGCAGGCGACAGUGUGGGACGACGGCUUCUUCAAGCUGCGAGAGAUUUUGGAUGUUCGGGUUUUGACUAA